AUGUUUCAAUCAGUGAAGGGUGCCCAAGGUGUCUCCUUUUUCACCCCCAAACAACCAAUAUUAGGCGAAUUUGUUAAAUAUUUGGACAAUUCAAAAUUGGAAAACAUAAAUGAUAGGUCUCCCCCUUUGUUGUUCACACCGAUGAAAAUUAGAUCCAUGACUAUCCCCAAUAGAAUAACAGUGUCACCGAUGUGUACUUACUCUUCCAUUGAUGCAUCCCCAACUGUUUUUCAUACUGUUCAUUAUGGUUCCCUAGCUAUGAGAGGGCCGGGUCUGAUUAUUGCAGAGUAUACUUCCAUCUGUGAAGAUGGGAAAUUUUCUUUUAAUGAUUUAGGUCUUUGGAAUGAUCAAUUAGCGUCUGAUCAUUAUAGUAAAAUAGUAGAAUUUGUACAUUCCCAAAAUAGUAAAAUUGGUAUUCAAUUAGGUCAUUUCAUUAAUAACAACACGACCUCUAAUACAUUGGAGCCUCCUUUUUUGGUGAACACUUUAACUACUGAUGACAUUGAUCAAAUGAUUAAAAAUUGGGGGGAUGUAUGUCAAAGAGCAAUUCAUAUAUCCAAAUAUGAUUUUAUUGAGAUUCAAGCCAGUCACGGCUAUAUAUUUCAACAGUUUUUAUCUCCACUGUGGAAUAAGAGAUCAGAUUCGUAUAAUGAAAAUCUGAAAGGAAGAAUGAGUUUUUUAUUAAAAGUGAUCGAUGAGAUACGUAAUAAAAUUUCUUCUGAUACCCCUAUUUUCAUUAGGUUACCUGAUUGUGAUAAAUCUGAAUCUAAGUAUUGUUUAACACAAGAAGAUACAGUCCAAAUAUGUAUUGAACUCGUGAAGCAUGGUAUUGAUGUCUUGGAUUUUGUAUGUGUUAAUCCCGGUGAUUUAAAGAUUCCUCGAUAUCAAGGCAAAACAAGAUUUUUGGAAAAGGUAAGGCACAGUUUGAAGGAGAACGGCUUAUCCGCAAUAAUAUGUUCACCAUCAAGAAUUUCAUCGGCAAGAGAAGCAGAGACAAUUCUUCAAAGUGGAAAACAAGACCUUAUUGUUAUUGGGUCUCAAUUCUUAAAGAAUCCUGCUCUAGUAACAGAUUUUGCUAAUCAAUUAGAUAUACAAAUUACACAACCCGUCCAAUAUUCUUGGGGAUUUUAUCCAACAAAUAAUCAUUUAGAAACUAUAAAAUCCAAAUCAAAAUAA